CACAAGUAUGGUCGGGAAAAAAGAAAAAAAAGAAACCCGCGAGAGAUAUGGAUCAGUUUGUUAGAUCAACAGAGUCAAUUUACAGUUACAAACAAACUUAAAUCCCAACCAAACACUCCCCAUUUCUUUCCUUUCCUCUAUUAAACGACCGCAAAACACUCUAAAAACGACGAGCCGGUGAAGCCGCAGAACCAGCUUCUCCUCUCCUCUCCAAUAAAUCAUGGCGGAGUGUAAGAAUCAGCGAAAACAUGUUUUACUAUUAGCAUAUCAGAGUUUUGGGAUUGUGUUUAGUGACUUAAGCAUUCCACCUUUAUAUGUUUAUAAAUGUACAUUUUCCGGGAGAUUACGUCAUUAUCAGAAUGAAGACACCGUUUUUGGAGCCUUUUCAUUGGUUUUUUGGACUCUUACGCUUUUUUCCUUGUUCAAGUAUGUUGGAUUCAUGUUGUGUGCAAAUGAUAAUGGCGAAGGAGGGAUUUUUGCGUUGUACUCGGUUAUUUGUAGGCACGCAAAGUUUUGUUUACUUCCUAAUCAACAAGCGGCGGACGAGGAGAUUUCUACAUAUCAUAGUGUGGGUUAUUCAAAUAGGAAUGUGGUUUCAUCUCGGUUCAAGAAGUUUGUUGAGGGACAUAAGAAAAUGAAAACAGCUCUGCUUGUUUUAGUUUUGUUUGGUGCUGCCGUGUUUAUUACCAUCGCCAUCUUCACGCCUGCAAUUUCCAUUCUUUCAUCCGUUGAAGGGCUGCAGGUUCGAGCCAAGAAUUUGCAUCAUGGUAUGUUGGUCAUCAUUGCCUUGUUUUUAUUGAUCGGCCUUUUUGUAUUGCAACACUAUGGCAUGCAUAGGGUGGCCUUCAUAUUUGCUCCCAUAGUGAUUCUAUGGUUACUGUCCAUUGCCUUUGUUGGUAUCUACAAUAUCAUUAAAUGGAAUCCAAGAGUAUACCAGGCUCUUUCUCCAUAUUAUAUCUACAAGUUCUUUGGGGAAACAGGAAAGGAUGGUUGGAUUUCUCUUGGCGGAAUACUUUUAUGUAUUACUGGAACUGAAGUUAUAUUUGCAGGGCUUGGCCAUUUCACAGCUUCAUCAAUAAGGGUUGCAUUUUCAUUUGUUGUGUACCCAUGUUUGGUGCUUCAAUACAUGGGGCAGGCUGCAUUUCUUUCACAAAACUUUUCUUCUGUAUCCACGAGCUUCCAUUCUUCCAUUCCUGACUCGUUGUUCUGGCCUGUCACGGUGAUGGCAACUUUGGCUGCGAUUGUUGCCAGUCAAGCUGUAGUCUCUGCCACAUUUUCAAUUGCCAAACAAUGCCACGCAUUAGGAUGUUUCCCUCGCAUCAAGAUUGUACACAAAUCAAAAUGGGUACAUCGCCAGACAUACGUCCCUGAGAUAAAUUGGGCACUUAUGAUUCUCUGUCUAGCAGUUACAGUUGGUUCUCAAGACACCAUUCAUUUAGGAAAUGCUUAUGGGAUUGCAUGCAUAACUGGGAUAUUUGUGACUACAUGUUUGACAUCAAUGAUCAUUGACUUCGUAUGGCAUAAGAACCUCUUGGUUGCUCUUUUGUACUUCUCAUUCUUCGGAAUAAUAGAGAUAAUUUUCGUCUCAUCUUCAUGCAUGAGAAUUCCCAAAGGUGGAUGGGUUCCUCUUGUGCUCUCUGCAGUCUUUAUGUCUGUCAUGUAUGUGUGGCAUUAUGGUAGCAGGAAGAAGUAUCUAUAUGAUCUGCAUAACAAAGCUUCCAUGAAAUGGAUCCUCACUUUAGGUUCUGAUCUCGGGAUUGUAAGGAUUCCUGGGAUUGGUCUUGUCUACACUGAGUUAGCAAGUGGAGUCCCAGCCAUGUUUUCCCAGUUCAUAACUGACUUGCCUACAUUUUACCAAGUGGUUGUAUUUAUCUGUGUUAAGACUGUUCCCAUUCCUUAUGUUUCCCAGAAAGAACGGUAUCUUAUUGGCCGGAUUGGCCCCAAACCUUACAAGAUGUACCGCUGCAUUGUUCGAUAUGGAUACAAAGAUGUCCAUGAAAAUGAUGACUAUGAUUUUGAAAAUGCUAUUGUGAUGAGUGUAGCAGAGUUCAUCCAAUUGGAAGCAGAGGGUGGUGGAACUCUUGAUGGUUCUGUGGAUGGUCGGUUGGCAGUUGUGAGGUCAUCUGAAAAUUUUGGAAAAAGAUUCAUGAUGUCAGAAUCUGAUGGCAAUAAGGAGAGCAGCAGUUGGAGCUACCCAGCAUCUGGAAGUAGCUCCAGGUCAGCUGCAUUGCAGAAAUUGAAGUCCAUGUAUGAGUUGGAGUCACCAGAGUUCUGCAAUAGGCGUCGGAUCCAGUUAAAGUUAUUGGAUACAACAUACAAGGAUUCCCGUGUCAAGGAAGAAAUCUUAGAGCUCUUGGAAGCAAAAGAUGCCGGGGUAGCAUAUGUAAUAGGUCACUCUCAUAUUAAGGCGAAAUGGAAUGCAACAUUCUGGAAGAGGCUUCUGAUCAAUGUCUUUCUCUCUUUUUUACGCAAAAACUGUCGGUCCCCUAGUGUUGGUUUGAAUAUUCCUCAUAUAUCUUUGAUUGAAGUGGGUAUGAACUACUAUCUGUAAGGCAACCUUCUGUGGAAGUAUCUCCUCGGAUGCAUUUUCUGGUGAAAUUUGCUAUGAAUUGCUUAGAGGGCCGUUGGCAAUCACUUUAUUUCAGUGAUUCCAGAUUGGCUUUAGUUGGUGACUUGUAAGCAUUCCUGGAAUGGGACCUUUUGCACCUGCUUCAGAGAAGAACACGGUUGCAUUCGAGCAGCAAGUCAUCGAGUUGAUUAUUCUAAUGGGAUUUGUCAUGCUUGUCCAGUUCAUUAUUCAAGUGGGAUUUUAGACAAGCUUCCGGUUCUGAAGCCAGAUUUUUUUUGUCACGUCAUGGUUCUCUUGUUUUUCUCCACGAACGCAUUUCUUUAUGCAACUACAUGAAUUUUUUUUGCUUGCUUCUCAAUGACCUCUGUAGGCUGCAACAUAUCUGUUUGAAGAAAUAAUUGCAGGAGUUGAGAAUGUUUAUAGCCAAAA